UUGCAAUCUUCUGAUAUUCAUGGGAAGUAACUGCGUAAUCCUAGUCAUCUGACAAACAAUCAUAUGACUUUUAGAACUUGUUUUUAUUGACUUGAGAACUAUGAAGUUUCUUGUGAUUCUUUUAUUUACUUCUUUUGCCUUUGCAGACCCUGGUCUCCUUGGAACUAAAGAGUGUUCGUAUGGGCCAUCCUAUUGGUGUAGCCAUGCAUUGAAUGCCAAGAAAUGUGGGGCUGUUCAACAUUGUAUAGACACAGUAUGGAAGACACAGAUCAUUAAACCAAAAGAUACAUUGGAAUGUAAUGUCUGUAAGAUUGGUAUAACAGAAGCAAAGGAAAAGUUAAAGCAAGGCGGUACAGAGGAGAAAAUAAAGGAAUACAUGAAUGAGGUGUGUAACCUUCUGACCAGAACAGAUUUAAAAAACAAGUGUACUGCCUUUGUCAAAACAGAUCUACCUUUGUUGAUUGAUUUGCUGAAGAGUCCUCUGACCCCAGAACAGAUAUGUGCCACUUUGAAGAUGUGUACUGGCUUUGAAGACUUAGUACAACACCAAAAGAUAUCAAAACAGGAAACAUCAACAAAGAGUGCUGACGUAUGUACAGACUGUACAAAUUUCUUCUCAGAUGUCCAGAAUAUGAUAGUCAGCAAUGAGACACAGGAACAGAUAGAAGCUAUGCUGAAGCAGACUCUGUGCUCACAGCUAGAAUCCAUCAAGAGCAUGUGUAAUUUUGUGGUAGAGGAAUACACACCAGAAAUCUUACAGUACCUGGGACAAGAAGUUGAUCCCAAAACCACCUGUAGAAUUUUAGGUUUCUGUAACAACAAGGGAGAUUUGUUUACAGCUUUGAGAAUCAGGAUGCAAAAUAAAGAAACAUUCAAGAAAUUUAACAAGAAAGCUAUUGGAGGACAAGAAGAAUGUGAUGUAUGCAAAAAUGUAAUGAACGAUGUCCAGUCUCUUGAUAGAGACCCUUCGACACAGGGUAAAAUUAAAGACUUUGUGAAGAAAGAAUUAUGUAGCAGACUUGGAGAUUUAGCCAGUGAGUGUUCCAGUUUGAUAGAUCAGUAUGCUUCAGUCCUCUUUGAGUUGUUGGCAAAUGAGUUGGACCCUGAAACAGUGUGUAGCUUUGUAGGAUUCUGUAGAGCAGUUGAAAUGAAACAGCCAGCAAUAUCUGUUGUAUCCCUGACUAAAUCAGAACCCAUUAUAGCCCUGGACAUAACUCCUGCCAUGCUUAUCCACGACACCAAACCAGUGAAGACCUCAGGUGUAUAUUGUGAUAUAUGUAAGGUUGCUAUGAAUGAACUUGAUUCUAUCCUCGCCAAGAAUGCUACAACAGCCCAAAUAGAAGCAGCUUUGAACCAGCUCUGUGGCCGUUUACCUGGGGGAUUGAAGGACCAGUGUACAUCUUUCAUCAAUCAGUAUGCUCCAGCCAUUCUAGAACUCCUAAAACAAGAACUCAAUCCCACUGUUGUGUGUGACAAGUUAGGACUAUGUACACCAAUGAAAUCAGACAUCAAAUCCAGUGUUACAGCAGUAGAAUGUGUCCUGUGUGAAUAUGUCCUGUCCACCCUAGAAAGACAGUUAGGCAAUAACAAAUCUCUGGUUGUGAUUAAAGAAGCCCUUGACAAAGUGUGUAGUCUAAUGCCUAGCACCAUCAGCACAGAAUGUAUCUCAUUUGUCAACCAGUAUGAACAGUUGAUAAUCAACCUUUUACUCAAAGAAGUCAAACCAUCUGAGGUAUGCAAGUCACUUGGAUUAUGUACUGCCUCAGUCAAGUCUUUACCAGCAAUUCUGAUGAGAGGGGAACCAGUUCUCAUACCACAACCAAUCAAAACAUUACCCAAACCUGUAUCUGGAAUUCUUCUGCAAGGUGAACCAGUCAUGAAUAAAAAGAACCCAGUGAAGAGUGAUGAAGGAUGUUUAGUAUGUGAGACCUUAAUGAACUACCUGUCUGAAGCUUUGAAGGAAAAUAAGACAGCUGCAGCCAUCAAAGCUUUGUUAGAAAAAGCAUGCAACAUUCUACCUACAUCCAUGGCAAAUGAAUGCCAAGGAAUAGUGAUUGCAUUUGGAGAUAUCAUUAUCAAGGAACUGUCCCAGGAGAUAGAUCCUAAACAAAUCUGCAAGGACAUAGACAUGUGCACCUCAUCAAGGAUCAAUAAUCAGCUUCCAAAGACAGCAUCAACUGCCAUCAAAGAGGAGCUCAAAAAUGUUCUUAGGAAGGACAACAGGCUUUACUACAAACCAAAGAAUCUAGGCAAGAAAAAAUGUGGCUUUGGUCCUUCUUACUGGUGUAAAAGUAUGGAAACAGCUCAGGAAUGUGGAAUGGUCGAACAUUGCCAGGAUGUAUGGAGUAGAAAAUAAGAUCUGACUAAAAACCAACAUGACAUCUCCACUUUAUAUGAAUUAUAUCUCUUAAAAAUAUUAAUUAAAAUAACAUUUAAAGUUUCUAGAAGACCAGUAGUUUUAUAUAAGGAAGCAUUCUUUGUAUUUUUGAUAUGCUAAAACUGUCGUCUAAUGAUAGAUCUGUUUUCUAAAGACUACCGGUACGAAUUAUUGUAUAAUAUAGUAAUUGAUUUAUAAAAAUUAUUAAUUUCCAAAUUUAUGAAAGGGAAAAUCUUUAAAGAUUUAUACUCUUUAUUAAUUAUAUGAUGAGAGUGAAGAAAAGUCACACACUAAAACUGUAUAAUUUACAUUUGAGUUUUAUACAAUGAAGAUAUGAAUAUGCAGUAAAAAGUACUAUUUUGAUAUAUAAUGAAGUUAUUUCUUCACAUGAAAUACUGCUUUUAAAUAUUUUUUGAAUGUAUUUAUACUUUACUUAAUAUUUACAUGCUUUAAUUGUUUUAUGUUUAUUGUGAUGAAAAGUUGCUUUUUAUACUUUUAAAGUUUUGUAUGAAAAUUUGUGUUUCAUGUUCAUAAUUAUCUUUAGACAGUGUAAAAAAUAAAUACAUCUAGAAGAGACAGGUAAAAGUUAGCACAAAACAAAAUAUAAAAACUGGUUAUAGUAAAAAACAAAAAAUUAUGAAAUACUCUUCCAACUUCAAAGAAAUAGAUUGUUUUUAAGUUUUUGAAAGAACUGAUUCUCAUGGUACGACUACCGGUGUAAUUCCUUUGCAUUUUUAUAGAUCAGAUUUAACAGUGUAUAAUGAUAAAGCAAUUAACAGUCUUAUGAAAAAUACUAUGACAAAUGUUUAAAAUGAAAAGAUAUUUAUAAAUUAAAAACAUUUAUUUGAUGUAUAUCAAUUUUGGUGCCUUUCUAGUAAUUAAACAUAAUAUGGGAAAUCCUUUAGUUUGCUGUUGAUAUUUGAAUAGGAGUUUAGCUAAAUUUAUGUUUGAUAGCACAAUAGCAACAUAGGUGCUGCAAAUAAUGUGUAAAUAAUUUGUAAAUAUUUAAUGAGAUUUGCAUUAUGUUAACUAUGAGUUAUUCCCCUUUAGUUGAAAAGCUUAACAUUACCAUAUCAGAAGUUUAAUGUGUUGAUAUAGAGAAUUUAUGAAUUUAUGAACAGAUAGAAAAAAACACAAAACAACGUUCAGCAUUUGAAAUGUAAAAAAAAGACACAAAAGUAAAAUCUUAUCUUCAAAUGUUGUAUAGGUCUCGUGUUGAUGAUUUGUCUCAUUGACCUUAUACCAAUACAUAUGAAUUAAAAAUAUAUAUUUUUUUCAUUUUUAUAGAAAAGAAAAAAGUACUUUAAAAUUUCCAUAUAGGGUUAAAUUAUUAUAGUUCAAUUUCUGCUUUUGUUUAACGUGAUGUUUGAUGUGUAUUUAAGUAUAUCAGAAUAAAUUCUCAUUUAAAAUCUUUUUAAGUAACAAAAAUACUCUUGUAAUUAUUCUUUUUAAUCCAUAGCUUAUAAUUUAUUAGUCACCAUAGCUAUUUUUUUUAUUUAUGAACAAACUUUAUAAUAGCACAGUAUCUCUGCUUUGAAUAAAAGAAAAAAAAAGGUCUGCUUUCUUUGCCUUGAUAUUAAAUGUUUUAGCUUUUUACUGGAUCAUAACUCUCAUAGAUUAGAUUCAAUCAAACCUACAAAAUGUAAGUUAUCUGAAUAUUAAUAAGGUGGGGAGAUUAUUAUAAGGUUUUGAAAAAUAAAUCUAACCAAAAGUUGUUUACUUUAUUUUGGAGUAAAAAAUGUUAAAAAAAACUAGGAAAAAAAAAUAUAUAAAAACCUGUAUAGAUUUUCGACACACAUUUUAUUGAUGUAGAACGAUUCCUUUGAAAAUCUACAAUUAUAAUUUGAUUUAAUUGUACAUCAAUCAUUUCAUGAUUCUAAUUUCUGAAAUAUUGUGCUGGUAACAAUAUGUUAAAUGUAGUGAACAAUUUUCCAGUUACUUCCCUUUAUUUGAUGACAAGAUAUUGAUUCUGAUGUAUGAUUUAAUAAAACUUUUGUUAUAACAUAUGUAUGUUACAGCUGUUUUGCAAUAAAACAUUCCUUUCUCUA